AUGACAAUAUCUGUUGAUCUCAAUAAUGAUCAAAAAGAAAGCACAGAUUUCCACGACUUUACAUCGCAUUCAAUAUUUUCUAAUCCUACAAAAGAAUACCUUUAUGGCUUCUUUGGGCACAUUUUUAAAAAAAAAUACAGCCUUGAUACAAAGUUUAAAAACCAAAUUCUUUAUGAAAUAGUCAUAAAUGUAAUACUAAUCCUUCAACUCUCAACAUUGUCCUGACAUCCAAGUUUAACGCCAUCUGAUUGAAAUUCUUAUCAAGGGUUUUGGAAGUCUUUUUCAUAUAUUAAUUAUGAUGAAAUUUGUACAACUUUUGAACUGACAGAUUUUUGUUUUUAUGGGACAAUUUCUCUGAUAGGAGCAUGCUUAUGAUUUUUUAUUACUUUUGGAAUUUUUAUGUAUUUAGAAAAAGAUAUUCCAAUGAUUCUUGCACUUUUGCCUAGGAAAAUUGCGUUGCUCCUUACAUCUGUAUGCAUUAUUCCGAGUACAAUAAUUUUAACUAUGGUUAUUAAAUAUUCUCUUGAAGAGAAAUCCGUUAUUGAAGAAUACUCAGGGAAUUUUUCUCCUGAGACAUAUGAUUAUGGAAUUUUAGGGAUUAUUGCCGGAAUUUGCAGCUUAUUAGCACUGAUUUUUAUAAAUUUAUUUUGUGAGGCAUUUUCUUGUGAUAUGAGGCAUUCACACUUCAAAAAAAACUUGAAGGCAAGGUCUAGUGCUGAAUACGACCUAAUUAGGCGUUGGUUUUAUAUGAUAAUAUCCAUUCUAUAUGUCUAUAUUGGAAACAAUAAUGCAUGGAUAUACCAAAUCAUUUUUUUCCUUUUUUGUUUUUAUUUAUGUAUACGUAGCAUGCAAUUUUUGCAGUAUUUCAAUGUUAUUGAAAACUGUAUCCAUGCUUGCAAACUGUCAUCUGUUUCAUGCACAUUACUGAUCCUUAUAUUUGGAGAACUAAUUGAUAACGCAUUAAUAAUUGUUUGGCUUCAUUUAUUUUUCUUACCUUUUGUUAUUUAUCUGACAGUUCGAAUUACCCGGAGAAAUUAUGAAAAAAUGCCAGAUAUAAAAAAACCAAUCCUAACACAAUUUGAUUUCGAGCAAAAAUACCGCAAUUUAUUUGUAGAUGAUGGCCUUGAAAAUAAAGAGCAGGUUAUAGAGCUUUUUAAAACAUUUUGAUCAAUGCCUGGGUUUCAUAAAGACAAGCUGUUUGUGAUAUGAGAAUUUAAUUUUUGCUGCUUUAUUAUUAGAGAUGAAAGAUUGGCAAGGAUAAAACUCACAAAAAUUGGGGAAUCCAAAUCUUCAUUUGAAGGAGAUAUACAAGAAUGAAGACUUUUUGAUUGACUCUUCAGGAAGCACAAAUCAUCUUUUAUUGAUCUAGACCAUUUAGAAUACCUCAAAGAAUUCAGUAAAAUUAAAAAGCAUGAUGAGGAAUUAUGUAUGAUUUUAAAUGAAUUGCACGCAGAAUUCACAUCAAGAAAUCCAAGAGUUAAUAAAUUGACUCAUUUUUCUAAUAGAAUCGCAAGACACAUACAGUCAUUGAGUAAUGGGUACAAGGAUUUGAUUGAGAAAUAUAAAAAUAUGGAAGCUUUUGAAUACUAUGCGACUUUUCUUGACUCUAUAAUGAAUGACCACGAUGAAGCUGAUUUUAUUGUUAGGAAAAAAAACAGUUUAAAUUUCUUCAGCCAACGAAAUGAUGAAGGAAGCCUUGAAAAUUAUGGCAAAGACCUUCCUACAAUCCUCGCUUCAUGUUCUAAUGAAUCUUUUGGGACUAUUGUGUAUAUCAAUGAUAAGGCUUCUCAGCUCUUAAUGUCAUCAAUGGGAAACAUCAUAGGAUCAUCAAUAUUGAAUUUUAUUCCUCAACCUUACAGCUCACGUCAUGAGAAGCUAAUGAAAGAUUUUGUUUUUAAUUGCAACUCAAUAGAAGUGCCAUUCCACGAUUCUUUGUUUUUUUUGCAGAAUAAUGGCUAUCUUCUUGAAUGCGAUUUUUUGAUAAAAUUAACCGCAUUUCAUAACUGCGCCUAUUUUUUACUAUCGUUUAAGGAAAGUGCCAAAAAAAGGCAAAUUGCCUUGAUUUCAGAAGAAAAUGCAAUUUUGGCUCAUACGGAGAGGUUCUCCAGUUAUUUUGGAUUAGAAGGGGAAAAUAUUAAAGGAGCAUUGGUUUCAGAUUAAUAUAAACAAAAUGGUAUUCGGGUCGAGAGAUAUUAGCUUUGCAAGCUUUUCUUUAUAAGGUUGGCUUUUUCCUAUAGAACUUCUGCGCAGCAAUAGUGUUUAUGCUUGAAAUCGCAUAGGGUUAUAGAAACUGAUCCACGUGAAUUCAAUAAGUUCAAGGCUUUCUAGUCAGAAUAUCCGAGGAAGGUAACUCUUAUGUAAACAUAAGUAGAAGCUGAGCCUGGAAGGACAAGUGCAAAUUUUUCCGGAUUAGAUGCGCUGCCAGGCUAGUGGCUUAUUCUUUUUAAAGCCUACUCAUAUGAUGCAGAAUUUAAAGUUCCUGCGUGACGUCACUAGACACCUUAAAUGCCUAAUUAAUCUGUAAUAUCUGAUUUCAGAUUUAAUACCAAUUGCAGAUAUUUGUACUGUAAGAGAAUAUGAGCCACUCCGAAUUUCAUUCAAAAAUCGUGAAUUAAUUAUCAUCCAUAUAGCAAAAGAAAUAAAAACAAAAGUGGUCCAUAUAAUUGCUAUUAUUGACGAUAUAAGUGAAAUUCAGAACUGGAAAUCAGGCAAAUCACAGAUUUUUUCAAGGGAAGCUGGAUUUUUCAGCUCAGAUGAUACUGAAAAAGAACAGAUUUCAAGGGAAGCUUUUGAAGUAAAAUUCAAUUCAAUUGACUAUUUAGUGCCAACAAAAUCUUUUGAAAACCCAGAUACCACAAUAUUUACCCAUUCUCGAGAUAGUCAGAUGCCAGACCAAGCUUUAGAACGAAGAACAUUUAUUGAUAAAGUCUCAGACUCAGAAAGCCGCUCAAAAGGAGGAACAGCGCAAACACAUCAUCAAGCAAAAAAGCUGCUUAUGGACUCUAAAAGAAAAAUCAGGAUAUUGCAUCUUGUCUUAUUUGCCGUUGUAAGGAAUAUUUAGAUGACUUCUGUCAUAAUUACAGUCGCAGCAAUUUUAGUAUAUAUGGAAAUUGAUGUGUCUUAUACAAGCACAUUAGGCUCAUUUCAGACUUUUGGACAGCUUGUAUACGAUUUUGAGCUCUCUGCUGACCUUUCACUUACCAUUAAUGCACUAAUGCUAUACCGUGGAUUCAAAGAAGAAAUAAAUGCAGAAGUCGAAAAAAUGAAGGUCCUGAUAGAUGAUUGAGAAAAAAUCAAGGGCUCUAUUUUCAAAGAUUUUGAUCAGUGGAGCUACUGCUCGUAUUCCAAAGUGGUUAGUGAGCCUUCAAUGCUGAUUUGAAGCUUAAAUCAAAAAACGCCUCAAAAUAGCAAAGAAAAUCUCUAUGAUACUAUAGCAACUUAUAUUUAUAAUGUAAUAGCUAUUUAGGCAAAAAAGCUCAUCUCAGCUGUAGAUGAAGGGUUCGAUCAGCUUCCUUAUGCAAAAUUUUUGUAUAUAAAUGGACUAGGAGAAAUUUUCCAUGAUGCUAAUACUAUAAUGAAUGGGUUAGCAAGCUGCGAGAUUGAGAGAGUAAAAGCCACAGGGACAAACAUUAAUGUACUUCUUGUAAGUGGGUUCUGCACUCUUGGAAUUUUGAUUCUAGUUAUUAUUAGUUGCAUUAUGCUUGUAUCAAAAAAACUUGAUGAAUUUUGAAAUUAUAUUUUAAAUAGUGGCCAAUGGGCCAUGUUUAGAUUAAAAUGCUUGGCUAUGGAUAGGCUAGCAACCACCCAUGGAGCUGAUUGUAAAGCUGACACAAAUCCAGAGUCUCAAAGAAAUGUUUAUCGGGGUGAAUAAUCAUGCAGAUUUGAUUGUGCUCAUUUCAUCAAAGAAAAUUUGAUCGAAAUUUAAAUGGUUUUUUGCCAAUUAUCUAGCUAUAAAAUAAUCGAACAAAUUUCCAUAGGAAAUGCCGUACUAUCAAAAGUGCACGUUCAUUUAGCAUGGAACUGUUUAUCAUACUAGAAAAGUAAAAGGGACGCUUUAUUUACAAUACAUUUGAAGGAUAAUGCUUUUCUUCGUAGUUGCUGCCUCAUAUUAUUUGCUAAUUUUCAAUUAUUUAUACCCUACUUUAGAUCAAAUGAUGAUUACCCGUCCUUCUUUGCUAAAUAAUUUCAUCAUCAGAAGAGCUUUAUAUCUAACUCUUCACCUUUUAAAUUGAAACCAAAAUAUCUAAAGGAUGUAAUAAUUUUUUAAAAAUUUAAUAAAUUAUUGAAUCAAAGUGAUGUGUAUGUUAAAUUGCAAGCUAUUAUACUUUCUCAUUUAAAAAUAAAAUAAAUUAAAGCUUAAAGUAUCAUUUUUGGUGAUAUACAUUUGUAUAAUAUCAAUUUGUUUGCAAACUGUUAUUUUUUCUAAAAAUUUAAACUCUGUUUUAAUCGGGUUAAUUUGCCCAAAAAUGGAAAAUUUGCUGAUUUUUUUCUAAUUUAGCUGAGGGGAAGUAAGACUAUCACUUUUCUCGAGGGAUCGUGUAGUAAAUUAUACAUAUUACGUUAUCCCAGAAUUCUACAACUACCGGCAGUCAUUCGCUGAGGAAAAUCUUAUUAUUAAUCACAUAAAAGCACUAACAAAAGAUUUGCAGACCAAAAAAUACCAAGAACUCCUCUCAGACGAACUUAAAGAAAAAAUGUACGAGAAAAAUAACUUAGCUUAUAAAAUUCUGGAUUAUGGGUCUACGGCAGCUUUGCAAUCUAUGAUUGGUGAUAUUGUAGAUAUAGGAUAUGUACGUGGAGAGACUAAUGCAUAUUUUCUAAGGUUUAUUGAUAAAAUGAAAGCCGUUAAUAAUGAAAUUAGAGACGAGUUUAUUUUGGCUGAUAGAGACUCAAUCAAUAUUAUUAACAGGCAGCUAGAUACAAUUGUAGAUAUUACGAUUAUUUAUGCUUUGGGAUUGUGCGCACUUUUUUUCUUUUACUACUUCCCAUAUUUGAACCUUCAAAUAAAGCAGCUCCAAAGAUUUGCGAUUUUGCCUACAAUUCUGCCUAAAGACCUUGAUUAA